AUGUCGAUGCUGGACCAACUAGAAGAGAUGGGUUUUCCUCACGAUAUUGCCGAAAAAGCAUUACGAGAAACAGGUGAAACAGGGUUGAUUGAGGCAGUGGAAUGGAUUGCGGCCCAUCAGAAGGACAGUGAUACAAGUCCGCGGGAAUCUCUUCAUCCACAACCACCAGAAGAAGAAAGUUCGAUUGUUGAAUUUGCUGAAGAAGAGGAACCAUCGAAGCCAUCGUCUACUGAAGUACCGCAAGCAAUGUCAUUCAAAUGCGAUGUGUGUGGAAAACAUUUUGCCGAUGACCAGGCUGUUAUGUUCCACGCAGCACGCACAAAACAUGAAGCGUUUAGCGAGUCAACGGAAGCCGUGAAGCCGUUGACAGAAGAAGAGAAAAAAGAAAGAUUAGCAGCACUACAAAAGAAAUUGAGGGAAGCGAGAGCGAAAAAGGAAGACGAAGAGAGAAAGGAAACGCUAGAGAGAGAAAAACGACGUCGUUUAGAAGGAAAAUCAUUGGCAAAAGUGGAAGAAGAAAAGAAAGAAAUGGAAAUGAAAAGAAUACUGGAAGAAAAGAAACGUGAAAAGCGUGAAGAAAUAGAAACACGGAAACGUAUUUUGGAACAAAUUCGUUUGGAUCGAGAAGCUCGUAAGCUAACUGAGCAACUACGGCAGCCGCAGUCGACAGCGAUGACGGUUAAUUCACCAUCGCCUGUUGUAAAUAAAGCAUCUCCAGUAAAGGAUGAUUGUUACUGUCAAAUACAAGUGCGAUUGCUUAACGGUUCAAUCAUCAGGGAAAAAUUUAAAUCAGAUGAGCCACUAUCUCAUGUACGCUUAUGGGUGGAAAUGCAUAGUAAGGAUACAAUGGAUGGUAUCCCCUUUACCCUCAUGACUCCAUUCCCUCGCAAAAUAUUUACCGAUGAAGACAUGGAAGCACCAAUCAAAGCUCUCGGAUUGGUGCCUUCUGCAAAUAUAGUUGUUACGCGCACUACACACUAG